AUGGAAGUAGUCGGCGGCGAAGAUCUGAUAGUUCUGACCGGCCAGUGGUGCUACGCUGCCAUCCAUGCCCGACUUUUGAAGGGCAAUACCAUCAUGAGAUACGAGCCUCCGAGCCCUGGAUGGAUUCCGACUAGUCCGUCAUACCCUCCCGACUAUGACUGGGAUAGCAGUGAGCCGAGACACAGUUCCGACGACGAGCAGAGGCACGAGCAAGACAACGGCAGCGGGUCCCCCGGGGACAACAGGUCAGAUGACUCCUUGGUCAUUUACGAGGAUGAUGUUCAACACGGCGGGCUGGACACCAGACAUAAUGGCGGCGGGUUUCUGGGGGACAACAGGUCCGAGGACUCUUUGGUCAUUUACGAGGAUGAUCAAGAAGUCGGCGGGCUGGCCGCCGGACACAAUGGCGACGAGCCCGGGCACGAUGACUAUAGAAGCCAGGACGAGAAUGCUACACCUUCACCCCCUGGUGAGGACGACUGCACAGUGGAAAGCCUGUUUGGUGAUCAAGAAGUGGGCUUUGCAACAGCCAUUGGUCGCUUUGAUAUUCACAGCUUUGUUCUUGUUCAGCAGGAAUUUGACUCGCUUGAUCAAGGAGGGGUGGAUUCCACCACGCGCGGCAGGGACGUCGGCAAUUUGCUAGCCGGGCUGGAAUCCACCGCAGAAGGGAUCAAUAGGCUGAGAGGAGAAUACCUAGCCGCGCUCAAAGGGAAACAAAAGCCGCACCUCGAAAUGAUUCCCCAGGAGGAAAUCAGGUCCAAAUCUUGCACCAGGGCACAUCCGGCCACACACAGGCUCUGCAAGAGGGCUUUCCAGGAUGUCCGGUUUCAUCAUGGACGGGUGCUCCAAUUCUUCGACUACACACAUCCACGGACUCUCCUCAGCUUCCGAUAUGCGUUCAAUGCGUUCAUUGUCGCUUUCAGAGAGUUACUGUUGCUUCUACGGGAGUACCAUCGGUCCCUCGUCGGACCCAGAUCCGACAACGGAGACGAACGCGGAAACGACAAUAGCCAACCUCCCUCUCCGCGACGAUCGUCCAGCAAUUUCUCAGUCGUCACGCCCCCCAUCUCAAAGGUCGGUUAUGUCGAAAAUCUCGUUCAAAAGAACGUCCAGAAACCCUACGAAAAGGUCAAGAAAGCUUCCCCCGUGCCUAGGCCGAAUCCUCUACCAGCGCGAAAGGAUUACGAGAAUAUGUUCGUCCCUGAACUGUGCCAUGAACUCGAACAGAAUCGCGGCGUUGAAGAUAUCAAAGGCGCUCUGGGGAAGAGAAACCCCGUCAAGAAAGACUACAUCGACAAACUCAUGGCCCUGGACAAGGAGGGAAUCGUCGGCAGAGGUGCCACGGAGUGUUACCGCAAUAUUACAGGGAACUGGAAUGCACGCGGCACGCCGAAGAAUUGGAAUAUCAAGACGGCACUUAAGGGGUAUUAUGAAAGGCUCGCCAGGGAGAAGGAAGCAAUGCCGUCGCCACGAUCGCGGCAGAGCACCAGCCCUCGAGGAACCUCGGGCUCGAAAAGUGUGACCGGAUCGUCAGGACCUGUCCACCGUGGUCCUUUUCAUUGA